AUGCCUCCCACGAAGCAGAAACAGGCCCCUACUCGCCAGGCUAUUACCCUCAAGGGCUCGACAGCCCUAGUUACAGAGUUCUUCAAGUUCGCUGCGAACACCAUUCUGUUUCAACGCGGUGUCUAUCCCGCGGACGACUUUCACAUGGUAAAGAAAUAUGGGCAGACCGUGCUCGUCACUCAGGAUCUGGCGCUCGAGAAUUACCUGGACAAGAUAUUGAAGCAAGUGAACGAAUGGCUUCUCACGGGCUCCAUAACCCAACUUGUACUCGCCAUCAUCUCCAAGGACUCGCGGACGCCCCUCGAGCGCUGGGUGUUCGACAUCAAUCUCGUCGAGCCGCCCGCGGGCAGCUCAGAGCCGUACGUAGCCCCGCCGAAGCCGGAGAGCGAAAUCCAGGCAGAGAUUCGGAAUAUCCUGAAACAGAUCGUGUCGACGGUGACGUUCCUGCCUGUGAUCGACGAGCCGACGGUGUUCAACAUUCUUGCGUACACGAAGGAGUCCGCCGACGUGCCCGCGGACGAGUGGGUGGAUACGGACCCGCUCGCGAUCGAAGCUUCGAAGAGCCAGCAGGUGAAGCUGAGGAGCUUUAGCACAGAUGUGCAUCGGAUCGAGGCCAUGGUCGCGUAUCGAUAUGAGGGGUAG